AGCCAUAAUAUGGACGUUAUAACCGAAUCACCGUUUGCUUCAUGAUGAUACUGAGGUAAUGAUGUACUCAGAAUUACAGCAGUUCACUGGUUGUAAGUGUGUCAGUGCUUCAUGAACGAUGUUUGUUUACUACUACACCGUAGACUUCUGUUUAAACCGCGAAACAACUUCUUAUGGCAUAAUGCAAUCAUAUACUAAUAUCUGCAGUAAAAUCUAGUAAUAUUUUUACCUUUGUGAUUUAACAUGGAAUGGAUCGGAUUUCGUAACUUAAAUUGAGUGUAAUGGACCUAUAUUGACUACAAGUGGUCUACUAUGAGGUUAUAUAUCUAUGUGUUAAUUUGUUUAAGUUUGGAGUUAAUGUGUGGAUAUCAUAUUAGAGAUAGUAAGAGAAAUCUUAAAGUAUUUCAAUAUGUGGGAAGGGGAUAUAAAUUGAAGAGUUUUAAAAAAUGGCACUCAUUAAAAACUCCAAGACAAGCCAUCAUCAAUGCCAUAUUACACAAUAAUAAAACCUACGACCCACGCAUUCCACCAGACUUUGAAAAUGAUUAUCCUACCAAAGUUACUGUACAGAUUUAUGUUCUUAGUUUUGAUUCCGUCAACGAAGCUGCUAUGGAAUAUUCCAUGAGUAUUUUCCUUCGGACAAACUGGACAGAUUCCCGAUUAUCGUGGUCGGAUAAUUCCAAAUUGUUAAAACGUUUGGAAAUAGAUACCAAGUUGAUGCCAGAUGUGUGGAUGCCUGAUAUAUAUUUUAUUAAUGAAAAGUUUGCUAAUAUUCAUGAUGUAACGGUACCAAACCGUCUGUUACAUAUAUACAGAAACGGUUCAAUACAGUCCAGUAUAAGAAUAUCUAUGUCGGCUAGUUGUGAUAUGUUUCUACAGAGAUAUCCACACGAUGAACAAAUCUGUUCCUUAAGAAUUGGCAGCUACAGCUAUAGUUCAGAGAACGUAGUGUAUGAAUGGCAUUCCACCCCUAUCAUCAUGAGAAACGGAUUAACAUUGCCAAGAUUUACUGUAAAAUCUGACGGGGUUCGAAAUAAUUGUGAACAUAAUUUUAAUGAUAAUAACAUGAUUGUGGGAGAGUAUACCUGUAUUCAAAUAGACUUUACAUUAACUAGAUUAUUUGGAUACUACAUAGCUCAAGUUUAUAUUCCCAGUGUACUUAUAGUCAUCUUAUCCUGGGUUUCCUUCUGGAUAGAUAUUGACGCCAUUCCAGCGCGCGUGUCCCUAGGGUUACUGACAGUUCUCACCAUGACAACACAGAGCACGGGCGCACGUUCAGCCUUGCCACGCGUAUCCUAUAUAAAAGCUAUAGACGUUUGGAUGUCUAUGUGCUUAGUGUUUGUGUUCGCGGCAUUAUUAGAAUUUGCCUAUGUGAACGUUCAGGCUCGAGUUGAAAAAAGAAGACGGGAAUCUGUGUUACAUUCAACUUCCUCUGGUAGAACUGUCGAAGGAUUCGAUAGGAAUGGAGAUCCUAUAUCUUUGGAAACAAAGGAGAUUACCAUGAGUGCCAAUAAAAGGUUUCUCUAUCUCAGAGACAAAUUACGCCGACAGAGAGCUCGUAUGGCUGAUAAAAUAUCGAGGGUUGCCUUCCCUAUAGUAUUUGUUGCCUUUAACGCUAUAUAUUGGCUGAUUUAUACAUUUUAUGUAACUUAGGAUGCUGAUGUAAUUCCAUCGAAGUAAAAACAAGUGCCGAUACGUUUAUAGAACUUUGAAAGAUAAUUUGAAUCAAAAUUAUUCAGUUUUAUUCCAAACUAUGAUGCAGUACCUGUAUUUAUAUCUAUGGAAGUGUUCAUUUCUGCAUGAAAAGUACAAGUUCAGUGGCGUUUCGUGUAUUUCAAAGUCGGCAUUUAAAAUCUUGAUUUUCAACAUUCACAUUCUGUCGAUUUCAGUUUUUUGUGUUUUAAGGAAUUGACCAUUUUCGCCUUUUAUCGUCUUGAUCUGAUGCCGUUGCAUAGUUCUCAAAUGAGAUUUACAAUUAUCCAUUUAUAAAAUUGUGUAUGUAAAGGAAUAAAACCCCGCGAAAUUGGCGAAUUCUUCAAAAACAUUUCUAUCCUCCUUCAAAUCCGCCAGCGAACUUGUUCUUAAGAAGAUUAACGAUUUAAAAAUCAAAAGUUCACCACAACGUGUAUGCAUUUCUUGAUAUUAAAUAUAACAGGUCCGUCGGAACCAGAGAGAGAGAAAUGGGGUUUAACGUUCACUCGACACAAACUAGGUCAUUUCGGGACUAACACGUGGUUCAGUUUUUUUCCAAUAAUUCGCUUGCGCGUAAGGGUUCUUAGCAGUGGUAGUAAACCGGAGGACCCUGAGAAAACCCACGAGGUUGGACAGGCGAUCUUGCUCCUUGUCACGUAUAACUGACGAAUCGAAACCACGCUUGUUGACUCAAUGACAGACUUUAUGAUACAGCGAGCACAUACUAACCAUUAGCCCCCCCCCCCUCGACUUAACCAAGAAGGAUGGUUGUACCGGCCCCUAUUUUUUGCAACUCUUUCCAUUUUCAUUCUCUCGACAGUACAGUGCAGUAGGACGUUAGUCCCUUUCAUUUUCAUUAAACCAUUUUCACUGGCACACAAUAUUGACCCAAUGCUCAGCCUCUAACCCCCCACCUCCCACCCCGCCUCCCACGACCUGGGCAAUGCGAAUUGUGGGCUUGUAUUAUUAUAUUUUAUAUAUUGUGAAUAAUUAAGUUUUAUUUUCAUUAAACCAUUUUCACUGGCAAACAAUUUUGACACUAUGCACUGCCCCCCCCCCCCC